UCUCUGUCCUCCUCCUCUCUAUGUCCAAUGCUGAGCACCAAAAAGGACACUUUGGUCACAUCUCACCGCCUGGUGUUGUUUUUUUAUUUCACUUUUCCCACUAUCCACCCUUUUUCUCUUCCUAAACUCUGCCCCUCCUUGGUCUCCCACAGAAGGUCCCAGAGCCAAAGGCAGAGGAAAACAUCUGGAUUUUGUUUUCCAAGAAGAGGGGGGAAGGAGUGAGAAAGCAAGAGAGAGAGAAAGAGAGAGAGAGGGAGAGAAUUAUGGGUGUAGUGAGCACACCCCAAAAACCCCCCACUCUGGCAGGUUGGCAGUGGGAGAGGGAAGGCUGACAAGUCUCUAAGAUGCUGGCUUGGAGCAGAGGACACAGAGUACAGCUCAGGAAAGGAGCAGACCUGUCUGGACCCCCUGUAGUUACAGGUCUCUUCCCAGGAUUAUGUGCUCGGGGUGAAGGACCUCUGUGGAGGAGACUCUGCUGUGGAAUUUGCAUGUGCUGACUGUUGUUUGGGUGCUGGGUGCGCACAGAGAAGGAUAGCCCCCCCAAACCCACCCCAUCAUCUGCUGGAUGUAGGCAGCAAGCGACUAAGGUGGGGGAUCCUGUCAUCUCAUACACCCACUGCCGUAAUAAAGGAGGCAGCACACACCAAAUCAUUGUGUAUCACACAGAACUCAGAGGCAGACACCUGAUGGGUCCUAAUAAAUAUUUCUAAGAAAGAGAAGAGAAUGGUCUAACAGCCGUCACUUUGCUGGUGCAGCGUUGACCCUUGUAGAGCAGUCCUGUACCUCCAGGUUGCCAAAACAGCCAGGAUGAGCAUCUACAAGCAGUACCUAAAUGUGUCCAAGAUUUGUGAACACUAUAACUAUACUAAAGGGAUUAAAAAGGAGAGCUCUUCCCGUGAAGUUAUCUCCGUGAUCUUCAUCAUCAUCUGCUGUAUUAUUAUACUGGAGAACAUACUUGUUCUUAUUUCCGUCUGGCGGAACAAGAAGUUCCAUUCUGCCAUGUUCUUCUUUAUUGGAAAUUUGGCAUUUUCUGACCUGCUGACUGGAUGUGCCUACAUUGCCAACAUCUUGCUGUCUGGUAAAGCUACCUUCACAUUGACUCCCGUAGCAUGGUUUAUCCGUGAGGGCACUGCUUUCACAACGCUUGCUGCUUCAGUCUUCAGCCUAUUGGCCAUAGCUCUUGAAAGAUAUGUGGCCAUCACCAAAGUCAAAGUCUACAGCAGUGACAGGAACUGUAGGAUGAUCAUACUCAUCGGAGCUUGUUGGGUUAUUUCAAUGGUGAUCGGAGGUCUACCGAUCAUCGGUUGGAACUGCAUCGGAAACUUGGACGAGUGUUCAACCGUCUUUCCUCUAUAUGCCAAAAAAUACAUUCUGUUCAUAGUCACCAUCUUCACUUUCAUACUUUUCUCCAUUGUCAUUUUCUAUGUCCGCAUUUAUUUUAUUGUGAAGUCCAGCCAUGCCGAGAUUGCUGCACCCCAGACCCUUGCCCUUCUAAAAACAGUUACAAUAGUCCUUGGAGUCUUUAUUGUCUGCUGGCUGCCAGCGUUCACUAUCCUCCUCAUGGAUGUAUCCUGCAGAGUCAAAUCCUGCUCCAUUCUCUAUAAAGCUGACUACUUUUUUGGGGUGGCCACCUUGAAUUCGGCAUUGAACCCCAUCAUUUACACUCUGAGGAGCAAAGACAUGAGGAAGGAGUUCCUGAGGGUGCUUUGUUGCUGGAACUUCUUGAGGAAGAGUAGGACUCCUGACCGCUUCAUGCUCAAUUUACGUAGUUCUAGUUCCCUGGAGCGUUGCACACAAAAACACUAUUUUCCCACAUCGCCUAUCAUGAAGAACUGCAAUACAUUUGUGUGAGUAAAGAUGUUCUAUAGAUCCCAAUGGUUUAUGGAUAAAAAAAUGCUCAGUACUUUGAAGGAAAGUUGGUGGUAUUGAGAUAAUCCCAGUAAGUCCGACAUCUGGGUUCAGGUACCCAUCACACAGCACUUGUUUGGAAAGGUGUGAUAACGAUGAUGACGAUGACGACGACAACGACAAUUCCUUACAUUCUGGCCUCAGCUUUUUUUCCUCUCAUAUUUGGGAGCACGUUGCUUUACAGGGAAAAUUCUCUAAGGAAUUUAGCAUGCGGUUUGCUUCUAAAGUGAAGCAAUGAUGUGCGUUUAAAGUCUAAUGUGAAAAAUAAGAUAUUUUUUUUUUAUAUUCUGAAAAAUAAACGCACAUAUUUAACACGGGACUUAGAUCAUGAUAUAUUUUUGCAGUACAAAGUGCCAUAUAAAUAUGCUAUGCUGUCAGAAAAGGUCUGAAUGUAGAAAGCCAUUGAGUUAAUAUUAAUAUUGAGGAGCCAUGUUUUUUUCCCCAAUUAAACUCUGUAUAGAAAACUAAGAAAGCGUUUCUAGCACAUAAGUAACAAUAUAUAAUCUGUACUUCCUGUUUCUAUUACAGUGAGGAAUACCUACCUAUCCUAUACUGUUUUUGCAGGGGAAAAAUGAAUUUUUUUUUAAUCAUUUACAGCCCAAUCUAGUUCUUAAGGGCCCUACACAUUUGCCGAUGUGCGCGGCCAAUAUGAACAAUCUCGUUCAGUAAUGUGUGUAGGCACCAACGAUUAAUGAUGCGCGGCCCCGCGGUCGUUCAUCGUUGGUGCCGGCUCGUUUAUGCCCGCAAGCCAAUAUGGACAAUAUCGUUCAUAUUAACAUGCAGGGCUAUGGGGCCGGGUGACGUCAGGGAGCAGAGAGUGUAGAAACUUCACUCCCCCCGCCACCCCUCCUUCACCGCUGCUGGGUCAUCCGCCGGCCGUAUCAGCCGUCGGGCACCUCGGCAAAUGUGUAGGGGGCAUUAGUGUUAAUUCCUAUCACACUUAGAAGACAAUUUGUUAAAGACAAUGGGAUCUAUUCAUGAAGCAGUGAAAAGGGUGGAGAAGUGAGCCUGUGGAGAAGUUGCCCAUGGCAACCAAUCAGCAUUGAGGUAACAUUUAUAAUUUGCAUUCUAUACAAUUGUACGGAGCAGCUGAUUGGUUGCCAUGGGCAACUUCUCCGCAGGCUCACUUCUCCACUCUUUUCACUGCUUCAUGAAUAGACCCCAAUAUGUGAAAACACAAGGGACAGUAGGCCUGAUUCAUGUUUGUACGUACUUGCCUACGCAGCAGUGAAUCUAUAGGCACGGAUUUGCUAGUCAUCACUAGAGAAAGAAGAUAGACACUCACCGGAGCCAUCGCAAACUAAUUUGCAACUGCUCAGCUUAUAUUCAAUAAUGAGGAACAUCGGCCCUAUGGCUACGCAGAGUGAACACAGCAGUAGCGAUGCUGGCGCCAUGUUUCUCUGCGUGCGUGACGCAGCUGAAGGCAGAUGCAUGCCCUGAAAACGCCCAUGACAUGCCUGCAUUUUUGUCGCCACUCCCCGUUACCUCCCCCAAAUGGUCACUUGCUGUCAAUUAAAAUCUCACUGUGAGUGGCAUCGUAGAGCUACUUUGGCGCGUGGGAAGUGCGAUCGAAGCGCAUGCGUAGUCUGCUGACAAUCGUUCCGUUGUAUGAUUAUCGGCCAUAGCAUACAAACAUAAAGUAGGGCCAGUGUACCAGCCAAAAUGACCAGACUGUUCAUGAAACUGGAGAUGUUAUAAAGGGGACCAAAUAUUUGUUGUCAUGGGUUGUAUUUCGAUUUGUGUAUUGGCUCCAUAGGAAUUAUUUUAAUUAGAGAUUGACAAAUUGCAUUGACAAGUUAUCAUUGAGAUAGAGAAACCCAAAGGUGAUAGGAAAAAGUUGCUACCAUGACAUUACUUUAAAAUCUAGCUGCCCAUGAUUCUUCGCCAGCCUUGGUUCAUCGUGAGAACCUUAAUUUUGGCCACAGAUAGAGAAAUAUCAUCCAUGACAUUGACCUCAUAACAAAGUGUGCAAUGGUAAUCCCUCAAAUAAAUUUUGGGCAUAUAGGUAGGUGCGGUCUGUAGUAGUGUGUGUUCUGUAAGCUUUCUGAUCACCAUGGAAUGUGAUGCUGGAAGACGUUGACUAGACACAUGACCUAACCAAUGGAGCUAGUCCUGGCUCGUACCACGUAGAGCUGGCCGGAAGUGUCUCUUUGCUGCGACAGUUCUACCUCGGAGGCCUAAUUAAUGAAUAUGUCCCAUAACAUAGAGUUACAAAUAUAGAGCACCCCCCCCCCCCCAAAAAAAAAAAGUAGACGCUCCAUCCCAAUGAUUUAGAAAACAGGAAAUAGUUCUCGUAGUUAUGUAAUGUAAGAAAAAGUGGCCUGGUUGUUAUGCAGAGACAUAGAACAGUGCUGCUGCACUCACUCUAACUUCCUGUGGGAACUUUCUCAUCACAGGGAUUUGGAAGCGUAAAGUUACAGAAACAACAGGAAUGAUCACAAAUCCUUCUUAUAUGGUUAUGGUUGUGAUGCCUCGUUUCAGAAGGAAUAGUCCCAUAUGAAGUUAGUGGACUUCUCUAAACUAUAUCAAAUAAUUCCACAUUCCCUGCAUUGAUACCGAACAAUCCACGAGUUUACUGUAACGGGACUGGCUGGUGCUCUUAGUUAUAUUUCUUGUCAGUAUAUAGCAUGCUAUUGAGAUAAAUGUCUUGUCACUCACAUUCAAGGGGUUGAUGCAUUAUGUAGUAAAAAGGGUGGAGAAGAGGACCAGUGGAUAAGUUGCCCAGAAUAACCAAUCAGCUUUCAAGGUAGUAUUUAUCAAGUGCAUUCUAUAAAAUAAUUGGUGGAUGCAGAUUGGUUGCAACGGGCAACUUAUCUACUUGUCCGCUUCUCCACUCUUUUCACUGCUUGCUACAGCAACCCCCACUUUGCUGUCUUGAAGAUGUCGUAGCUCAUCUAGGCCAAAGGAAGAUAUAAAUUCAAUGUGCCGAUCCACAGGACCCCACUAUCCCACUUAUUUAUUUUAUUUAUACUGUAUGACAUACAACUAGGCCAAAAUAUUGUUUGGGUUGCUUUGAAGCGUGUCUGGCAUAGCGUGUGCUGAGAUGACAUUACACAGGAGGCUCCCCUUCAGGGACAGGAGGUUGUGAUUUGAGAAGGUUUGCUGUCCCACAAUGACAUGUUGUUUGGCUACAGAAAGCAUCUCAAUGGACAGUGGGGGUCAUUCCGAGCUGAUCGUAGCUGUGCUAAAUUUAGCACAGCUACGAUCAGGCACUCAGACAUGCGGAGGGACGCCCAGCACAGGGCUAGUCCGCCCCGCAUGUCAGUGCCGCCCGCCCCCCCCCCCCCUCCCCCGCAGAAAUGCAAAAGCUUUGCACAGCGGCAAUGCAUUUCAGAAGCUGCGCUGGCCGGGAGAACCUCUUCGCUGCCCAGGUCGCAGCGGCUGUGUGUGACAUUACGCUGCCGCCUUGGCCUGCCCCCCCCAACGGUCCAGCCACGCCUGCGUUGGCAGGACCGUGCCCCCUAAACGGCGGCGUAAAGCCACCAUCCAGCCCCCUCCCGCCCAGCGACCGCCUCUGCCUGUCAAUCAGGCAGAUGCGCUCACUAGGGAACAACGGCCUUCGGCCGUCCAGCAUGCGCAGAUUCAUCCUGAUCGCUGCGCUGCGAUAAACUGCAGUGAGCAAUCGGGUGGGAAUGACCUCCAGUAAGCGGCUAGAUACAAUCCUGGUAGCUGUUAGGUGUCUAUGUGUCCAGGACUACAAUUGGUAGGUUUUAACAAAAACAAAAAAUAUAUAUAUUUUCCAUUGCGUAAAAAUUAAUAUUGUGGCCAGAUUUAGGAUUUGUCACUUUAGCGUACAUGGUAUAAAAGGUCACUAAAUAAUAUGUGUGCAAUAAAAGCUAAUUAGCUAAUUAUAUACUAUGUAUAUUGCUUAUUUAACAUUUUACCAAGUAGCAUAAAUCUAAAAAAAGAGAAAACAAAGGGUAGGGACAAGUAAUGAGCCCCUCUCAAAUAUAUACAUGAUUUUAAUCCAAGAAUGUGAUAUCACUUUAGCUGCAAGGAGGGUACUAGCUCCUUAUCAUUCAGAACAGCCUGAUUAUACUUACGUGGCAAUUGCUGUAAAGGAAAACGCCACCUAGAACCUUUAUUUUCCCAUUAAAUAUCCUCCCAACUAAAAGCACUGACUACUGAGGAUCAAGGGCUAUCUGUAGCUGGGAGAAGUUUGCAAGUAAACCACAAGCACUGGUUGGGUGUCAGUCUUGCUGAUUGGACAAGCAGCCAUCCAGUAGGCUCAAUGGACAUCUACACAAUAUCUGCAGUUUGCUCACAAACUUCCAGUAGUUGGUCAGUCAGUCAGUCAGUCAUUAAGAGAAGUUACCAUCACACUCACUGAUAAAAGUAUAUUUAGAACCUUGUGGAUUCUGGCAGGGUCAGACUAAAUGGGAGAUUUAUCAAAGCUUGGAGAGAGAUGAAAUACCAACCAAUCCGCUGCUGUCAUGUUACAGGGGGUUGGUAUCUGUAUACUGGUGCCUGUUAUCCCGGCGGUCAGAAUCCCAACCACGGGGUGCCGGAAUGCCGGCAGCGGGGUGAGCGCAAAAGAGCCCCUUACGGGCACAGUGGCGCACCACACUAUUUCUUCUCCCUCCAGGGAUGUCGUAGACAAACCAAGUGGGAGAAUAGACGUCGGUAUCCCCCCAGGUCUAGAUUCCGGCGCCGGUAUGCUGUGCGCCGGGAUCCCGUCAACCGGGAUAUUGAAUGCACCCCGUUACAGGAUGUGUUUGAAAAACACUCUCUCUCCGAGCUUUGAUAAACCUCCCCUACAGGGCCAUAUGGGCCUGGGGAUGAAAGAGAUCAGAGGCCUGUAGUAAGACACAGAGGAGGUGUGGCUAGUGUUGUGUGGGUGUGGCCUGUACCAUGUGGGCAUGUAAAUAAAAGUUGAAAAUACUUAAUUUCCCGUGGAAAAUAGAAACACAAUUGUAAUACUGAUUGACGACCACGUGGCCAGUCGGCUUGUCAUAUUCAUACUGUCAUGAUGAUGGGCCUAUCCAUAUGUGGAGGCCUGGGGCUGUAGUCAAAUUUGCCCCAAUUGUUUAUCUGGCUCUAUAUUGUAGGCUUGGACUUUUGAGGUUCUACAGUGAGAAAUUGGGAGGGGGGUGGGGUUAAAAAUACAGCUUUAUAUAUGGAACCUACAAUGCCCAAAGUUACCUGACAAUUAGUUUUUAUGCUGCUUAUACCAUGUAUUUAACAGCCUCAUUCUGUUUCCUUUUGUGCGUGUGUGUGUGCGUGUGUGUGCGCGCGUGUGUGUGUGUAUACGGUACAGACAUUUCCAGUUUUCAUAGCUUAUAUCAUUAACGGUACUAAAACUUAUAGCCAUUCUCCAGGUACAGUUACUGCCUGACAGCAUGUCCACUCUUUGAUAUCACAAUGUUACAUGUAACAAAACGACUGCAGCGUGUUGAAACACAUGAAAACCCUUCCAGACAGUAUUGCUCAUGAGUGUGACGUCGGAGGUGAUUGUGUUACAUGUUCUUGCAAAGUGUUCCAGAACUGUCUGCAUCUUCUUUAAACAAAAAUGUAUUUUCAUUUUUAUUUCUUUAAGUACACUACAAGUUUAUGUUGUAUAAAUGUAAUACUUUUUUUUUUUCAUGGUGCAAUUUUGCUGAAAUAUGUUUGUUACAGCAUUUCAAAUGAAUAUUAAAAGAUUGUAAAAUGUGUAUUAAA